AUGCCGAGCGCCGCGGCGCCGUAUCGGCGAAUCGACGAGAAGGAAGAUCCCGAGGCGCAGGUAGACUCAGAAGAGAGCAGCAAGGAGGAAGAACGGCCGUUAAAUAGCACCGGCGGCGGCGGCGGCGGAGCAUCCUUCCACUAUUUCCGUUCUCCCUCUCCUUCCUGUCCCCUCUCCCUCCUGUCCUCUCUCCCUCCUGUCCCCUCUCCCUCCUGUCCCCUCUCCCUCCUGUCCCCUCUCCCUCCUGUCCCUUCUCCCUCCUGUCCCCCCUCCUGUCCCCUCCCCCCUCCUGUCCGCUCUCCCUCCUGUCCCCUCUCCCGUCCUACCCCCAUCUCUUCCUCCCCCCGGCCCCCCUCCCCCCCUCCCCUUCUCGCUUUCCUAACCCAUCCCUCCCCCCAUUUUCAUCGAGAAACAACAACACCUUCGUCCCACACGAGCGUUCGCCGCCUGCAUAAGAACCCGUGCUGUAACCCCCCUCCUCUCACCUUCCCCUCCUUCCCUCCUCCCCUCAUCCCCGCCGCCCCCACCUCCUUUCCCCUUCUCCGGGCAACCCCCCUCCCCCUCUCGCCUUCCCCUGCUUCCCUCCUCCCCUCAUCCCCCGCCGCCCCCACCUCCUCCCCCUUUCUCCAGGCAAUCGGUGUCAUAACUGCAAUCGGAGCCACAACCCCGGCCUUCACGGCCCUAUUCGUCGUCAUCAUCACCUUUCGCACCGAAGCAGCCACCACCUACCUCACACUCGUCCCUGUCGUCCUGGGAAUAGUCAUAGCCAGCAACUCGGAACCUUCCUUCCACCUUCUCGGCGUGAUCAUGUGCUUCGCGUCGACCGCUGCUCGCGCGCUGAAAUCCGUUGUACAGGGGCUGCUUCUAACGAGUGAUAAUGAAAAGCUACACUCCAUGAACCUGCUGCUGUAUAUGUCGCCGCUCGCGGUAGUGAUGCUGCUUCCAGCGAGUCUGUUUAUAGAGGGGAAUGUGCUGGCGGUGGUGGUGACGAAAGCAAGGGAAUCUCCUUGGAUUCUGGUUUACCUGGUGGCGAAUGCUGCAUUCGCCUACUUCACGAAUUUGACGAAUUUUCUGGUUACCAAGCACACCAGCGCGCUUACCCUUCAGGUCUUGGGUAACGCUAAAGGAGUGGUUGCGGCAAUCAUAUCAGUCUUGGUGUUCCGUAACCGGUCGUGGUCCAGCCGAUCCGCCAUUCGAACACAAUUCGGCCUUCAGAGCGGAGCUGAAAGAGUGACAAGCGACCCAUCAGAUGGUUGUGAUCGGUGCUGUGACUGUUUUCUGCAUUUCAUCUGUCACCGAUGUGCUCUAUGCCAGGAGGCAAGGGAGAUUAGAAGGCGGCUCCCUUUGUCAGGCCCUAAUAGUUCUUCUGCGUCAGGAGUGGUUGUUGCUCCUCCCUCCGUGCAAGCCAUGAAUCACUGA